AUGACGCACCUGGACGACGAAGACGCGUUCUACGGCGUUCUCCACGCGCGCCGCACCACCCUCGUCUCUGUCGUCUGCCCGGGUAGCCUCGUCUCCAUCGGCAGCUGCACCUUCAGCAACUACUCCGCCCUCUCCUCUUGCCUUCCACCGCUGCUUCGCCCUCACCUCCAUCAACCUCCCUGCCGGCCUCACCCCUUCUGCCGCUGCUCCUCCCUCGCCUCCAUCAACCUCCCUCCUGGCCUCACCUCCAUCAACAAACGGGCCUUCCACAGCUGCUCCGCCCUCACCUCCAUCACCCUCCCUGCCACCCUCACCUCCAUCGGCGACAGUGCCUUCCACCGCUGCUUCGCCCUCACCUCCAUCAACCUCCCUGCCGGCCUCACCAUCAGUAGCCACGCCUUCCGCAACUGCUCGUCGCUCACCUCCAUCACGCUGCCGCUGCCCAAUGGCCUUUUGGUCGGCGACUGUGCUUUCUUCGACUGCCCCCUCGACGACGAUGCGAAGGCAGCAGUGCAGGCUAUCAACUUUUGGGCGGUGCGGCCUCCAAUCGACGCGCGGGGGCACGCCACUGUGCCGGAGGGCGUCGCCACCAUCGCCGAGCUAGCCUUCCGCGAGUGCUCCUCCCUCGCCUCCAUCACCCUCCCUGCCACCCUCACCUCCAUCAACAACUUCGCCUUCUGCGACUGCUCCGCCCUCGCCUCCACCAACCUGCCCGCCGGCCUCACCUCCAUCGGCUACUACGCCUUCUGCCGCUGCUCCUCCCUCGCCUCCAUCAACCUCCCUCCUGGCCUCACCUCCAUCAACAAACGGGCCUUCCACAGCUGCUCCGCCCUCACCUCCAUCACCCUCCCUGCCACCCUCACCUCCAUCGGCGACGGUGCCUUCUGCCGCUGCUCCUCCCUCGCCUCCAUCAACCUGCCCGCCGGCCUCUCCUCCAUCGGCAGCUACGCCUUCGGCGGCUGCACCGCCCUCACCUCCAUCAACCUCCCCGCUGGCCUCACCUCCGUCGGCUACAGCGCCUUCAACCGCUGCUCCUCCCUCUCCCGCGUCGCCUUCCCUGCCGGCCUCACCUCCACCCUCCACCGUGGCGCCUUCCACGACUGCUCCUCCCUCGCCCGUGUCAUU